AUGGUGGGGGAGCAUCAGCGGGAGAAUGUGGGUGCAGGGCACACUGUUAGCAAGCUAGGCGGCGAGGGUUUGUGCUGCACUGGUUCCUGCAGGUAUCCAUGUAACUUGGCCGAGGGAUGGGGAAGGGAAAUGGAACCUGCCAGCACUUCUGUUCCUGGAGAAGUCUCCCAAAGGUCCCUGUCCCUCCAGCACAUGCUCUCAGAUGACCCAAACCCUAAUGAAUUGACAUCAGAAACCUACGAGGAACACGACAAUGAAAUCACAGCCCUGACUGAAUGGAAAUCAGACAACUAUGAGGAAGUCUCUAGUAAAAUCACGGCCCUGACUGAAUGGAAAUCAGACAACUAUGAGGAAGUCCCCAGGAAAAUCACGGCCCUGAGUGAUUGGAAAUCAGACAGCUAUGUGGAAGUCAUCAGUAAAACUGUGAUUAAGAGAAUUGUGUACUCACUUGUAUCAUCACUCACAUUCAGAAUAUUUGGAAUUUUGCUGAUCUUUGUGGAUCUGUCCCUCAUCAUUACAGACCUACUUUUCACUAAAGACACGAUGUAUAUUCCCUUGGAAUAUCAUUUCAUUUCUUUAGCUAUUGCUUUAUUUUUUUUCGUGGAUGUUCUUCUUCGAGUGUAUGUAGAAGGGAUACGACCGUAUUUUUCUGAUAUACUUAACUGCUUAGAUGCUGUCGUUAUUGUAGUGACUCUACUGAUUGAUAUAAUUUAUAUGUUUUAUAACGUUAAGUUUCUUAAAGAUAUCCCCAGAUUGGCAAUUGUAUUUCAGUCUCUACGACUUAUUAUUCUGAUAAGAGUUUUCCAUCUGGCUCAUCAAAAGAAACAUCUGGAAAUGCUGACCAGAAGGCUGGUUUCAGAAAACAAACGGCGAUACAGGAAGGGUGGAUUUGACUUAGACCUCACUUAUGUUACUGACCGUAUUAUUGCCAUGUCGUUCCCAUCUUCUGGACAGCAGUCAUUUUAUAGGAAUCCCAUUAAGGAAGUUGUGCGCUUCCUAGAUACCAAGCAUCAAGACCACUAUCAAGUCUACAAUCUAUGCAGUGAAAGAGCUUAUGAUCCUAAGUACUUCCAUUACAGGGUCCGGCGAAUCAUGAUUGAUGAUCACAAUGUCCCCACACUAAGUGAGAUGCUGGCAUUCACCAAGGAAGUAGAGGAGUGGAUGGCUCAAGAUGAUGAAAACAUCGUAGCAAUUCACUGUAAGGGAGGCAAAGGAAGAACUGGGACUAUGGUUUGUGCCUGCCUUAUCGCCAGUGAAAUAUUUACAACCGCAGAGGAGAGCCUUUACUACUUCGGGGAACGGCGGACAGAUAAAAGCACCAGCACUAAAUACCAGGGAGUCGAGACUCCUUCUCAGAAUAGAUACGUUGGAUAUUUUGCAGAUGUGAAAAAUAUCUACAACUUGAGUCUCCCUCCAAGAAAAACACUCAAGAUCAAAAAAUUCAUUAUUUAUUCAAUUCACGGUGUUGGAAAUGGUAAUGGAAAUGAUCUAAAAGUACAAAUAAUGAUGCAGCACAAGACUGUCUUUUUAAGUUCUGCUUCCAAAAACUGUUGGAUACUUCACAAUAUUGAAACAGACAGCGUAAUAAUUCAUUUAUCCAACUCUCCACCUCUGUACGAUGAUGUGAAAGUGAGGUUUCUUUCUUCCUCAGUUCUUCCUAAAUACUAUGACAACUGCCCAUUUUUCUUCUGGUUCCAUACAUCUUUUAUACAAAAUAACAGGCUAUAUCUUUCAAGAAAUGAAUUGGAUAAUCCCCAUAAACAAAAAACAUGGAAAAUUUACCGUCCAGAGUUUGCAGUGGAGGUAUAUUUUGAUGAAGUCGUAGCUGGUACGUGAUUAAGCGUAGUUCCCUUUCUAGGACAGAAUCAUGUUCUUCACAAUCCCUGUCACAUGUAUCUUCUAAACCGCCUUCCUUGCUGGCAUACUUUUAUUUACAUUCAUGUAGAUAUGUUUUU